GACCUCGUGUCAAUUUGCCAAAUUGAUUGCAUAAUUUGGUCAAAUUCCUGGUUUUUGUCAAACGUUCAAAGUUCAAACGCGUUGAACCAGUGGGCUAUACGACUUCCCAUUAGUAAGUUCCUUCCUUCAAAGCACAUCUCAACUAUUAUUCUGCCGGCUUGCAUUCAUCUUAUAUAUAAAUUUCAACUCAACACUUUCACUCAACUCAAUCUUACAACCACAAUCAGCAAUCAACGAAUUUACAAACAUCAAAGUGAUCAAUCGACUAAUCGAUCGCUAUGUCUGUUGAUAUUGACGAAACCAUCAUGAUCCGUGAAGUUUGGUCCGAAAAUCUGGAGUCCGAGUUCGAAUUCCUCAGAUCCGUGAUAGAUCAGUACUCUUACAUCUCCAUGGACACGGAGUUUCCCGGAGUUGUCUUCCGUCGAUCUGUAGAUCCGGCAAAACCGUAUACGCAUCGACAGCCGUCGGAUCAUUACAAGCUUCUUAAAUCAAACGUCGAUGUUUUGAACCUGAUUCAACUCGGUCUCACACUCACCGACGCCGCUGGGAACCUUCCGUGUGACGGCGAGACUCACCGGCGUUUCAUCUGGGAAUUCAAUUUUAGCGAUUUUGACUUGGCCUGUGACCAGUACGCGCCGGAAUCGAUUGAUUUGUUGAAACGACAAGGGAUUGAUUUCGAACGGAAUAGAUCGGAAGGUAUCGACUCGGUCAGAUUUGCUGAGUUGAUGAUGUCGUCGGGACUGGUUUGUAAUGACUCGGUGAGUUGGGUGACGUUUCAUAGCGCGUACGAUUUUGGUUAUUUAUUGAAGAUUCUCACGCGCCGGGAGUUGCCGCGUGGAUUAGAUGAGUUUUUGGAGAUUUUGAAGGUGUUCUUCGGUGAGAACGUGUACGACGUGAAACAUUUGAUGAAGUUCUGCCGGAAAAACUUGUACGGUGGGUUGGACCGGGUGGCGAAUAUUUUGGAAGUGAACCGGGUUGUCGGAAAGUGCCAUCAGGCCGGUUCAGAUAGUUUGCUGACGUGGCACGCGUUUCAAAAGAUGAGAGACGCGUAUUUCGUCGACGUUAGGACGGAAAAGUAUGCCGGCGUUUUGUAUGGGUUGGAGGUUUAUUAGGAUUACAAAAUAUUGGUUUAGUUGAAGGUUAAAUUGGUAAAUAAUCUAAUUAAAUGUUAUUAUAUUGAUAUGGUAAAAUCGUUGGUGAA